AUCCUCCCCACCGUGCCGAGGCGUGGGGUCCGGGUAAACUUCCCAACCGCGUUUACCAAGAAAUCGGGGGGAUUCGUGCAGCCCGUGGGGGCAAAGGCUGGAAGAAAUGCCACAGUGGUCAGCGUAAAAGCGAUCGAUCUUAUAUGAGAUUAACAGAAAAGGAAGAUGAGACGUUGCCCAUAGAUAUAGUUCUUCAGACUCUGUUAGCCUUUGCAGUCACCUGCUAUGGGAUAGUACAUAUCGCAGGAGAAUUUAAAGACAUGGAUGCCACUUCAGAACUAAAAAAUAAGACGUUUGACACGUUAAGGAACCAUCCGUCUUUUUAUGUAUUUAAUCAUCGUGGUAGAGUAUUGUUCCAGUCCCCAGACACAGUGAAUUCUUCUUCAAACCAAGAUGCUUUGUCAUCCAGCUCAUCAAUGAAAUUUCGAAAACUUGAACCUCUGCGCCGCUAAGACUUUUACAGAUUAUAAUAAUAAUCCAGGACACUGAGAUGUAAUAUUCAAGUCGGGGAUGUAAACACUUUUUUAAUUUCUGGAGCAGUAUUUAUAUUGAUCUUCCAGACUUUAUAAAGUAUAUAUAUAUAAACUAAGGACCUUCUUUGUACACUGUUAAUGAAAAUGACUGAAUUGUGAAUUGGCAAUGCAGUGUAAAUUAUUCUACAGUUAUGCUGUGAAACACAUCUUCAAAUUUUCAUAUAUUAAAUUAAGUUGCAGCUGACUUAACUUCAGUUAAAACAAAAAGCAAGCUAGUUUUUACUGCAGUUAAUGUUCUUUGACAAGAGAGAAUGUUCGAGUGCUAUUUAUUUUCUCAGUUUGCUUGCACUACAGUUUGUGGAACUCCUUCAGAAAUACUGUGUGCACUGCAUCACUUACAACAGCAGAAAAAGGGGCAGCAUCUCCUGUUCUUAGAACGCCUGGGAGACCUGCAUGGUGUAGGCACGGGAAGCCAAAAGAUCGCUUUCAUUUUUAUUUUUUUACAAUGCUGAAAACCAGUUGUGUGAAGGGUUUGGUUUUGUUUGUUUGUUUGGUGGUUUGUUUUUGUUUGUUUUUUUUUUUUUCUCCUAGUUUUUCAUUAUCACGUUAUUUCCUUGUUUCCCUCCUUCAUUUAAAUGUAAACUGUCCUGUGUUGCCCCAGGUUGCCUGGGAUGUGGCUGUAUGUUCAGUGCCUGUGUGGGGGAGGCAGCUCACGUCUGAUCACGUAGAUAAUUACCACGUUCCGCUUGUUUACCCACUGUAUUUAUGUUCUCUUUGGUUGUGAACACGGGAAUGUUCAUCAGACGGCUGAAUGCGGUGUUGGCACCAGAUACAAGUUCCUGACUUACCUUCUAUGAGAAGUAUUAAAGUAUCAGUAAGAAAUACCCAUUCUGGGGGUGGUCCAGCAGCCAGGUCUGGUUGCUGGCACCAGUACAGCACAGGUAAUCAACCGGCCAUGGUCCAACUAUCCCCUUUUCUGCCAACAACCUUUCAAUUUGAUUUCUUUUUUUCCAGCUGAGUGCUUCGUUGAUUUAAGAUGACUGUCUUGAUUUCAUGUAUUAGAACAGAUGAUACAGUCCUUAACUCUUACUGACGACUAAAUUCUCAUCUGCCCUUAGGGGCUGAAUCAAGGCUAAAAUUUCUCUUGGUCUGGCAUUUCACCUACCUGACAUAGCAAAGGGAUGGUAGUUUGAGAUACUGAUGGGGCCAACUAGAAUUUUGUCUCACUGCUGCUGUGGAAACUCAGCCUUUUGUCCUAGCAUCUGGGGUUUUUUUUUGUUUGUUUGUUUUCUUAACAACUGUCAAAGGCAAAAAGCUUAGCAAAAAUACUGUGUAAACCGAAGCCUCUUUUUCUAGCUCUGCCCGUCCUAUGGAGUGGGUGCCCCAGUGCUGGAGCAAUACCCAUAGCUGCUGCUCUACAAUGACUCUUAAGCAUCUGGGUUUGGUUAGAAAGGGUUACUCUGCCAGCUGAAAGCGUCUGAGCUGCCAGAUUGCUUCCUAAAGUGUCCUGGUUCCCCCCUGGCUGGUGUCACAAAUCAGCUCCUGCCAGCUGCUCUCGCUAAAGGCCGCAAAAAUAGUAAGUAUCAGGUCAGCUCUCUACUGCAGAGAGAGCUCUUCCCCGGGGGGGUGGGGGGCGAGAGGGCUGCUGUGCGGCAGCCGCUGCGUGAAGGAAAGGGCUGAACGUCGGCCAGGUGACCUUGCGGGGCACAGAGGGGAGACAGCGGAGGGAGGGCGAGGCGAGGCAGGAGGUCAGGAACCGCCGCACCAGGCUGACAGCGCGGCCGUGGCUGGCAGCGAGCCGCCCGCGGAGGGUCUCUUGGAGCAGGGCUGCUCGCCCCGAGUGUCCGAGGAGCCCCCUCCGUGCCACCGUAAGGCUGCGCGGAGCUUCCCCGGGGGCGGCGGGACCGGGACCUGCUACAACUCCCCGGUGGUCGGCUGCGGCGGGGCUCUUCUCACGACGAGUAGCCUUACUCUUCAGCAGCAAUGGUUAUAUUAUCACAAAGCUGUACAAAUUUUUUUUUUUUUUUUUUUUUUCUCAUCGAUCUCGCCACGCCCAAUAAAAAUUGAUCUCCUUCAAGUGU